AUUUUUCAAACAUAUGUGAAUACAUAAAUAUAAAAUGGUUUUUGAAUCCUUGGUAACUGAGGUUUUAAACAGAUUUUUAGGCAGUUACAUUGAAAAUUUAGAUACUAAACAAUUAAAUAUUGGAAUAUGGGGAGGGGAUGUCGUUUUAAAAAAUCUGUCUAUUAAAAGCACAGCUCUAUCUGAUUUAGAUCUUCCCAUAAAGCUUUACCAAGGACAUUUAGGAAAAUUAACAUUAAAAAUUCCAUGGAAAAAUCUAUAUGCAGCCCCUGUUAUUGCAACAAUUGAUAGUUUAUUUAUUCUAUUAGUCCCAAAUUCUGUUGUAAAGUACGAUGAAAGGGCCGAGGAAAAAGGUAAGCAAGAGAUAAAACAGAAAGAACUCGAAAAGAUAGAAGAGGCUAAACGGAAACAAGAAUUGGCCAAAGCCGAAUCUGGGACUAAACAAGACACCUUUGUGGAAAAAUUGGUGUCCCAAAUCAUCAAAAAUUUGCAGAUCAAAAUUACGGGCAUUCAUUUGAGAUACGAGGAUACGUUUUCUAAUCCCGAAAAACCUUUCGCCUUCGGAGUCACCCUUAAUUAUUUGUCGUUUGAUACAACAAACGAAGAUUGGAAGCCUUGCAUAGCUACUCAAGCUAUCAAAAUGAUUUAUAAAAUCGUUAGGCUAGACGCCCUCAGCCUUUACUGGAAUAGUGAUAUGCCUUCCCAUUCUAGCUUCAUCCAUUUAAAUCGAGAUGAUGUUAUGAAGGAAUUUCGAAACGGUAUCGCUCAUUCGAGCCAACUUACCAAAGAAACCACGAGUUCCAACACCAACUUACAACCCAAUAAACAAUCGGAAAUUCAGUUGAGCUCGUCAACGGCCAGAAAGGAUGAAACACUCCAAAUAUCAGAGCGAUCUUUCCCGCUAUCAUAUGAAAAAUCGCCAGAGUGCAUUCUCGAAAAUGCGAAUAAAACCGAAUUCUUACCGCCCGGUUAUAGCUAUAUACUGAGGCCUCUCACAUCUUUAGCUCAAUUAAGGCUGAACCCUAAACCGGAGCUAGACGGGUCCAACUUUAGCACACCUAAAAUGUUACUCAAUCUAAUCAUACAAGGGAUAUCUAUUGGGCUGAGCCAGUUUCAGUAUCAAGAUGUAUUGGAGUUACUCGAGAGUCUGGAAACGUUGAAUCUCAAAUCCAAGUAUCGUAAAUACCGACCUCAUCUGCAAGUCUAUAAAGAUAAUUACGAAAAAUGGUGGCAUUUCGCUAUGACCAGCGUGAUGGAAGUAAUAGUCAGGCCUAAACUGAGGCAAUGGAGUUGGAAACAUAUAUCGGCGCACAGGGAAUUAGUUAGGGAAUACUCGGAGGCGUACAAGAUUAAGCUGACGACGAAAAAAUUGCCCUUAGACGUUAAAAAUACUUUGGAUGAGGCGGAAAGGCAGUUAGACGUAUUUAACAUAACCCUGGCCCGCCAAAAGGCUGCACUCGAAGUUAAAAGGCUCGAAGUCAACCGGUCGACCAGCAACGCUAACGCUGGGUGGUUGGGAGGUUGGUUUUCUUGGGGCUCUUCCAGCGAUAACAAAAAGACGUCGGACUUGGAUCCCAAAAACGCAGGGAUUGCUGCCAAGUUUAAUGAAGCCAUGUCGCCAGAGGAAAGAAAGAAAUUGUAUCAAGCCAUUGAUUACACCGAGUCCGGCGUACCCCCAGAAUAUCCGAGAGAAUUUGUUCAAAACGUUUACCAUUUCAAAUUGCUCCAACUCUCGUUGACGUUGUUUACAAAGGAAGACACUAUAAGAGAUAAUAGACUGACGGAAAUGGUACUAAAUGGACUCGGGGUUACGUUUGAACAAUGUCCUGGUGCCGAUGCCUCACAGUUAGAAGUGUCUAUGGACAACUUCGAUGUCAGUGGCAAAUCUAACCCGCAUCAAACCAACCCCCUCAUCAUAAAAACCAUAAAGUCGGAUGAGAAUGAAAACCUCGUGCACUGCCUUUUCGAGUCAAACCCACUGGACAAUUCCUGCGACCAGAGGCUCCACCUGACGGCUAACCCUCUACAGAUCGUUUACGACGCGGGUACCAUAAAUAAACUCAGCGAGUUUUUCAAGCCUCCAGAAUCCGUCAAACUUAAACAGUUACAAAACGCGGCAGUUUCUACCCUGGAGGAUGUUAAACAAAAUACGGCUACGGGUUACAAAUACGCUCUAGAAAAGCGUAAGAUAUUAGAUCUUAAAGUCAAUAUCAAAUCUUCCCACAUUAUUAUACCCAAUCGAGGCGUGUAUAAAGAUGAUUCCGACAUAAUUCUAAUUGAUUUGGGUAAUUUCUCCAUGUUUUCCGUCAAAGAUGAUCCCGAUGUAAGACAAGAUCUUUCUAUAUACGAUACGAGGUCGUCCCUCGUCCCUACCAUCAAUAAUAAAGAAAUCGAAGACUUGAUGGAAAAAUCUUAUGAUAAAGUCGAAGUGAAAAUGGAUAGGAUCCAAAUGCUAUACGCCACUAAAGAUGAUGAUUGGAAGCACCACAAAUCUAUGGAUGACUCACCACUGCAUAUUUUGAAACCUGGCGCAAUCAAAGUACUCCUCGAAAAAUCAAUAAUAAUGGACGACCCUAAAAUUCCAAGAAUACGGAUAUUUGGCGUCCUACCCGACGUAACCCUAGACAUAUCCGACAAACGACUGGAAGACGUGCUCAAGCUUAUUUUAAGCGUUCCUAGGCCUCAACCGGCUCCUCAAAAUAUCGAUAACGAAACUAUUUUCCCUUCUGAAUCUGCGCCCCAUUCCCCUUCUCCACAGGACGUUUUGUUAAAAAAGGGCGCGAAAUCUAGUUCAGAUAAUAACGCCCACGCAUCUGACGCGUUAAGGCUGGCGGAAGAAGAAGUAAUCAAUACCGCUAUUGACGAAGACUCGGAUAGAAGUAAAAAAGUUAACGAACAGGCUAACCUUAAUGUGCACCUGACUUCCCUAAUGCUCAACUUCGAAUUGAAGCUAUUACGCCUCAAUUUAUACCGAGUCAAGGCCGGCGUUCCCAGAAUUAAACCCAAAGGUGACGAAGUAGAUUCAAUUAAACCUUCGAAGGACAAGGAAAGAAUAAUGAGUUUUUCGAUUAACUCUUUAGGAGCCUACGUUGAAUCCAAGACAUUUGAAACACUCAUUAAAGCUCAUCUCAAAGCUAUAGUGCUCGAAAAUUUCGAGUAUGCAGAGCCAUCAGGCCAUCUAUAUUUGAUCAACUCAUCCGCGGGCAUUGAUCAACACUUUUUAUCCUGCAAAAUAAUAAUCGCCAAUAUAAACGGUCCCGAUUUUGUGACCGAAUACUGCAUGACCGAAAAAAGAUUGGAUCUGAAAUUUUGUCCGCUCAACCUUAAAUUGCACCAAAAGGCCCUGUUAACUUUACUGAAGAUGGGCGAAGCCUUGAUUGCCGAAAUGACACGAAUCAGUUUGAUCGAUGCCCAGGAGAAGCAUACCAAGUUCCAGGACGAAACGAGGUUACAAACGGUGUCCACCAAGGGAAGUUUCAAGAAAAAGAGAAUGGGAAUCAGUUUUGACGAGGGAUCAUUAGGCCACUCUUUGCAAAGUCAAAAAAAGCUUACCCAAGGUAAGAUGAGUGUAUCGCCUUCAGCUCUAUCCACCUUUUCGAGUAGCAUAAAUCAGAAUUACACCACUCCACCUUCAUCAAUCAAACCUCGUGAUUCUAAUAUGUCUAUCUUAUCUACUACUUCACCGGUACCUUCAAAGUUGGCACCAUUAGUAAUGACUCCUAGAAAGAACAAAAAUGGCGUCAAAGUGACUGACAUGUUUAUACAGGUUAAUAUCCAAUCCGUAUCGCUCAACAUAUGUGACGUUUCUCUUGAUUUGGCCACCAUUUCCAUUAUCGGCCUAAAGUCCAACGUUAUGACACGGCGGGAUAAAACCCAAAUAGAUGCUGAACUGGCCGAUAUCUCGAUUCAAGAUAACACAUUUUUAUCUCGCAAGCCAUCUAACGAUAUCCCUUAUUAUCACGGACAAAUUUUAGGCAGCAUUUUAACUAACUACAGGCCUUCCUCCUCCGCAUAUGCUAGCCCAACCAACGAAACCUUGGCAUCCCCUUCCUAUAACCGGAAAGCCUUUGGAGAAUCUCCAAACUUCAAAACUCCUUCAAAACUGAUAACUUCAGAAAGCCUCGUCAAAGCUACCUUAUACCUCUUCAACAACGGGCCCAAUAACGACUUUUGGAAGCAAAACCCCUCAUUUCAAGGCUUCUACAGACGGAAUAUUUUGUACGACAUAAACAAAACCGAUAUCAAAGUCGAUGUAACACUAGGAGGCUUAAGGGUCGUUGUUUUACUUCCAUUUUUCGCCCGAUUGCAGUCCGUGAUAGAAACGUUUUCAUCAGACGCCAAAUCUAAGAUGGCAGAAGCUACCUCCGCUGCUGCGGCUGAAGUAGCCAGCAACCUGAGUAAAACGGCCUCGCGUAUUUUAUUGCGCGUCGAAAUGAGGGCACCCGUUUUCGUCAUUCCUCGAGGAAAUUCUUUUCCCGAUGCCGCCAUAUUGGAUCUGGGAACCCUCAGAUUGGCCAAUCGAUUUGCUUUAACACCGCCCGCAUUGCUUAAACAGAAAGUUCCAAACGAUUCGCAUAGUAUAAAUAAUUCGUUGGACGAUGAAAUUACUUUGAAAUCUCUCAAAAAUUAUGAUGCCCAAGGAACAUCACCCGCGAUUAUGGACAAAAUGAUGUUAGAGUUGACCGAUUUCAAAAUAUCACGGGUCAUAAUGGACGAGACGAAUACUUCGAAUAUUAAGGCUGAAGUUAUGAUUUUGGAACCUGCCAACAUAAACCUGGAGAUCAGAAGAAAUUUGAGCUUCGAAGAGCAUAACUCUAUACCGGAAAUUGAUAUAACUGGCCAUUUGUCGAAAGUUCACACAGGCUUCACCCCCAAAGUAGAUUCUACCAAUACGAAUUAUGAAGAUUAUUCCGAAGUUAAAGGAAUUGAGAUAAGCCUAAGUGAAGAUGACCUCAAUACUGUUAUGAACAUAGUCAACGAAAACCUUUCGGCCAAAUCUCCCAGCGUCGACGAUUCUUCUCAGUUCAACAAGCAGGACAAACAAGAUAUCGUCGGUUCGAUGGCCACACCAAAAUCGCAGCAAAAACCGAAAUCGUCCAGAUUGAGCACCGAAAAUAUUGCCGCGCAAACCAUUAAUCUGAGGAAAUCCUUGAUGUUAGGACCGAUCGUCGAAGAAAGAAAAUCUCUAAAAUCUGAAUCUAGAAAGAGCAAGAGCGGUAAAGAUAACAAGGAAACCCCUGGUACCGGCGACAAAAAAUCAGUUUCGCCUGUCAAAAUAAGCUUCAAGUUUCAAUUCGAUAAAGUAGCAGCCGCUCUCUAUUAUGGGUCAUCCAACCUGAGUAAAGGUGGAGUUUGCGAAAGGGAUAGUAAAAAGGCUCUUUCCCGCAUUCAACUCAUAUACAUCCACCUGACAGGUCACAUGAAGUCCGACAAUUCCCUCGACACCAAAAUAUCCCUUUACGAUUUGUCGCUUGAAGAUAAAAGACCUUUAUUUCAAUCCGGGAUUACCAAGAUGAUAGAGAUGAGAAAAAUUAAUGAGCCCGAGUUGAUUAACCACACUAUAAGUCCUGAUAGUGAACACCAUGGCAAGAUGAGUCAUUUGAUAAACUUCGAAUUUCUCAAAGACGCUAAUUCUAACAUGACCAUCAAUGCCGCCAUCAAUAAGCUAUACGCUUGCGUUUGUAUCGACUUUUUGAGGUCGGUCGGUGAUUUUUUUACCAAAAACAUGCCUUCCAGCGAAAAUGACGUUAACAAACCAAUCGCUAAAGCGCGAUCCGCCGUUCAGGCCACUCAAACAGAUAAAACAACCAAAGAACAGAUUGCGGUUGAUUCUAAGACCACUCCCAGUAUUUAUAUUCGAUUUUCUUUGAACGAGCCCGAAAUUAUAUUGAUUGAAGAUCCUCUUGACUGGAAUACGAAAGCUUUAAUACUCACGCUUCAAUUGGGGUUUUUGUACGAUCGAACGCCUGACAAAACUUUGAUGGACGGAAAGCUUCACAAACUGCAAAUUAUUGCUUGCCCUUUCCCGAAACACUUGAGGGAAGGUAACACGGCACAGAUUUUAAACCCGCUCAAUGUAAUUGUAACAUGUGAUUCUUUAACCAAACUCGGACAAAAAAUACUAGCUCAGGUGUCGGACAUCGUUUUGAAUAUAUCGCCCGCGACUAUCAGAGUACUCACAGCCGUGACUAGUAUCAAAGGCCCUCCCAAGCCUGCUGAGACGGAAGAGGAUUUGCUAGCACUUCCAGAAAAUUUGUGGGCUAUCAAAGAUUUAUCCACCUGCGAUUAUUGGUUUCUUCAUACCGAACUAGGAGAUGAAGCUUUGGACUCAUUGAGCAUGGAAACAAAGGCCCUCUCAGAUGAAGCCAGAGAGGACGAGUUGUUGUUACAACAACAGCAAUUAUUGCAACAAGAAAACCUAUAUAGCGAGACCCCCGAAGGUAGUGAGGAAGAUAGCCAAUAUGAAAAAGAAAAAUAUAUGGAACAAAUUGAUCUCUCAAUUAACAGCAUUCUGAUAACUAUUGAAGCCGGGGUCGACAAUAGGACUGUCCCUAUGAUCAAAACUCAAUGCAAAAUACUCACGGCUAAACUUCAAGAUUGGAGUGGCAAACAGAUGAAAGCUAGGCUUAAACUUAGUCUUGAAGCUGGGUAUUACAACGAAUACCUAGCCCUGUGGGAACCACUGAUAGAGCCAUUGGUUAGCCACGAUGACCAAGCGGAAUACGUUCCCGAGGCGGGGAUCUAUCGUUCCGACAAAGUUCAGAGACCCUGGGAGCUAACUAUAGAUCUCAAAAACAAUCCCGACUAUUUAGAGGAAGAAAGGGAUACCGAACCCACAUCCCCCAUAGCGCCUUCUGAUUCUAAAUCGAAUAAUGCUCUCAUGAGAGCCGAAGAAUUGGCCCAUUUGCCUUCUACUUAUAUAGAGAUUACGUCCAAGGAUUUGCUUAAUCUAACAUUCACAAAAUGUUGCCUACAAAUGCUAAAUAAUCUUUCAACGGCAUUCAAAGAUGCUGUCAACCAAAAAGAACCCAAGAUGAAAAGCGAAGACUUGAAUUCUCCCUACGUUGUUAUAAACUCUUUGGGAGCAGAAGUUUACGUAGAACCCGAUAGAAAUCUUAAGUUUGACACCCCUGCUAAACACAGAACCUUGUUGAACGGUCAAACAGUUAACUUAUUCUUAGCUAGCCAAGAUUCGGAUUUUAUAUACAAGACCGGAGCAAAAAUCUCUUAUGACAAAAAAACAAAAGAUGGGAGCCCGACAUUAAAUCGAAAAAAUAAAAAUGGCAGGUCAUCGUUUUUGUCUAAUGAGAAAAGCCAGGACAACUUCUUGGAUCUUAAAUUUCCAGAAAAUGAUUCUGCAUAUAGGAGAAUAGCUAUUAAUCAAGUGAGAAAGAUAUUUCUGGAACUACCUAUUAACCAAGGCGGCGAACUGAAAUAUCAGGGUGUUAUAGUCGAAAUUACAUCUGUUUAUGGGUGCAAGAAAAUUAUUAUUCAAUCACCGCUAAAGCUUAUAAACUACUUUUCCGUUCCCAUCGAAAUAUUCAUCUUUAAAUCCAAACAAAAUUCUCUCACUAAGUUGAUAACGUUAGCCACCGAUCAACAAUGGAGUGUGCCGAUUCAUAUGGUCUAUACAUACGCUCGUUUUUAUUUCAAGCCAUCUAAUGAACCGUACGACGUGUCAAAAGAUGGCGUGGAUUGGAAAAACAACAAUAACUCUACCACCAAUUUAAAAUAUGUGAUAUCCUGCCCGCCGCAAAAUCCUCAAUACGAGCCUUUCUACUUAUCGAUUACUGAGCUAUCCGAAUCGAUAUACGGUGGAAGUGAGAAUGAACCUAUCAGAGACUUCAAAGCAGCUAGAACCCGCACGUUGCACAUUAUGCCCACUGUUACUCUCAUCAACCUUUUGCCUUAUACGUUAACGCAUAAACUCAGCAAUUCAAAUACCGAAGUUGAAAUAAAACCCGGUGAUACGUCGGCUCUAUACAACGCUUGUAUAGGAAAAUCUAACAUAGAAAUUAAGAUCAAAAAUUAUAUAGACAGGGAUUGGACCUGUUCCUUGCCACUUAACCCCGCCGUGGAAGAAUUUCAAGUUAGAGCCUUCACAGCCCCUUCUAAGCGACAAGGCGGAAAAAUUUAUUCUUUGGACACCGGUUUUCAUUCUUUCAAGAACAAGGGAAUGAUGGAGAUAAGUCUGUUUAGCCCCUAUUGGAUGGUUAAUCAGACCGGCUUGACGCUAUUCUAUCAACAAGCCGAAGCCAUGUACAAUCCAAGUCCCAUGAAAAAAGAACGAGAAGAAGAUUCUCCCACGAUAGUUGAACACAAACCCGGUCAUUCACUGCCUUUCUUGUUUUCCUUCAAACCUAAAGCGUUUUUCUCCAAGAAAAAAGUAUGCAUCAAAAUAAACGAUUCUGAUUGGUCCGAGAAAUUUUCUUUGGACACUGUCGGAAGCUCGGGCGUUUUAUCCUGUAAACGCGGUGACUCCUCUUACGAAAUAGGAGUGGAUAUAGUAUUAUCCAAAACAGGCUUUACAAAAGUGGUAACCUUCAUACCUUAUUACACCAUCAAUAAUAAAUCAAAGUUGGAUAUAAUGUACAAAGAGUAUCUGGCAGCUUAUCCCAAACUGGAAGACAUUCAAAAGUGGCAAACGAUUGCAGCCGGAGACUGCUUACCUUUUUGGCCUAAACAAUCCCCUUCCAAUAAAAAUAUGGCCCUGAUGGCAAAAUUCAAAGACAGCGACACGUGUACGACCCCUUUCCCUAUCAAUAGAGCACACAACACGCUUUUGAAAUUGGAUAAUGUGUAUGGGGGAAUUAACGUAGAAUGCCACGUUUCAGAAAUCGCCGCUACUAUAACCUUUGAUCAAUAUUACCAUGGACAGGCAGUGAUUCUAUUAAUAAAUCAAACAGGCGACGAUGUAUUGCAGUAUUAUCAAAGUGGGACCAAAGUAGUGUUUAAAUUGCCUCCCAACAAAUCGGUACUCUACUCCUGGCAGGACGCACUACAAGAAGACAAAUCGUUGGUAUGGUCUUGCGGUGAUAAGAAAAAUCAAAAAUUCGAUAUGAUUAAAGACGGCUUUGGGGAUUUGAAUUCAGCCGAAAAUCAUCACAAAAUAUAUUGGGUCUCUUUCCUGGAUGGAACUCAAAGAGUGUUAAUGUUUACCGAAGAUUUGGCUCUCAUAUGCAUAGCCCAACAAGCUGGCGAGCUUGAAAAAGUGGAGCGAGAAAUCGAAUUAAACAUAGAGGGUGUAAGUCUCUCCCUGGUCGACAAUUGGAAGACUACUAGGGAAAUCGCGUACGCUAGUAUAAUUAGUUCCGGAGAACCGAUUUGGGAAAUCAGCUCUUCUUCUUUUAACUCCGCACACGCGCUCUCCUCGGGAAACGCCUUUAAAAAAUUCAACGCUGCGAUGGGAGAAUAUACGCCUACCAAAGAUACUAACAAGAGCGUUAAAUUUAAAACACUUAAGGUUAAGGAAGAGGCCGCGUUGGAAAAAGCUUACCAAUAUUAUUCUAACGAAUACAGUUAUGGAAUGUACGGAGCGGAGACUAACUUAAAUCUCGCCGCUAGAUACAACGAUAUUUUGGUCAAAUCUUCUCCGAAUAAUAUUUUUAACAAAUCAGGUUUAUUCUUGGAUUUUGAUCGCAUGGCAAUCGUUAAACUCAAAUCCAACAACAUCAAAAAUUUAUAUUCUACGUCCGACAUUAAUUAUUUUUACGCCUUGAAACGGACCUUCAGACCCGGCUUAUGGAUUCAAUACAAAACAUCUCCGCAUCAAGUUCAGCUACACGCCAAGAUGAAUAAAUUACAAAUCGACGACCAACUUCCGGCCUGCACAUUUCCGGUCAUUUUAGGCCUAACCCCACUUCCAAAAUCCAUAUCCGCCGAAUCAUCCGUUCCCAAACCUUUUGUCGAAGCCAGCAUGCUCAGACGAAACUCGGAACAUAGCGGUGGCGUGGCUCAGGUCAAAUAUUUCAAGGUUCUAGUUCAGGAAACAUUUGUACGAAUCGACCAGGGUUUCAUAGACUCCGCGAUAGCAUUUUUUACGGAAACCAUAGCUACGUCCUCUACCUCCGAACAGAUCAGUCUUAUCCAUGAAGAUUUUAAUACUGACUUAUCCACGGCCAAACAAGACAUGGUUAGGGCGUCUGCCGAUAGAGUUAUGUCGACAGGGCAGAAGGUGUUUUACGAUUUUCUUCACUUUUCUCCCAUUAAAAUUCACCUCUCUUUCUCGUUGCAAAGCAAUCAGGAUGGUACACAUUAUCAGGACGAGAACGGUCUUACUUCGAGCAUGAACAGAGACAAUAUAACUGCUUUCCAGCAACAACAGCAGCAGCAUUCUCAACAAUCUCAAACCCGGGAGAGCGCUUCUUCCGAAAUCACCAUAAGUCCUGCCAAUAGUAAUUAUCCAACUACACCUACGCCAGGCGGAGCCCAAGCUCCCGCUCUGAGAUCUGCCGCCCUUAAUUUUUUGCUUCAAAGCGUGGGCGUAACUUUGGCCGAUAUUGACGACGUCGUAUUCAAGCUGGCUUAUUUUGAACGCAAUUAUCGGUUCUAUACCCAGGCCCAACUCACACAUGAAGUAACAAAACAUUACGCGACUCAGGCUCUCAAGCAAAUGUACGUUUUAGUUCUGGGAUUAGAUGUACUGGGCAACCCUUUCGGGCUUAUUAGAGGUCUAACGGAAGGCAUGGGAGAUCUAUUUUACGAACCUUAUCAAGGUGCAAUUCAGGGUCCAGAAGAAUUCGCUCAAGGCUUAGCUUUAGGCGUUCGAAGUCUCUUUGGACAUACGAUAGGCGGCGCAGCUGGAGCCGUCUCCAGAAUAACUGGCACACUAGGCAAGGGCUUAGCCGCGCUCACUAUGGAUCAGGAUUAUCAAAAGUCUCGAAGAGAGGAAAUGAACAAACGCCCGGCUGAUUUGAAAGAAGGCGUCGCGCGGGGCGGCAAAGGGCUAGUUAUGGGAUUUUACGAAGGCGUUACGGGUAUAGUAAAAAAGCCGAUAGAGGGCGCUAAACAGGAAGGAGCUACCGGGUUUUUUAAAGGGUUUGGCAAAGGAUUAGUUGGAGUAGUGGCUAGGCCUACUUCGGGCGUCGUUGAUUUCGCUUCCUCUUCCUUCCAAGGUAUUAAAAGGCUGGCGGAAAAUGUAGAAGAGGUACACCGAUUAAGGCCUAGGAGGUAUAUCCAAAAGGACGGUGUCAUUAGACCUUACGAUUACAAUGAGGCGGAAGGAUACGAAAUUUUCAGGGCAGUUGAAAAAGGACUUUCCGAACAAACCUACGUUUACCAUACUUUUUUAACGCCCGAUAUGAAAAAUGUGCUUAUAUUGACCAACGAGAGCAUAUUCAUGAUUUCCAAAGGCGAAUUAUUCGGACAAUGGGUCAUAAAUUGGUCCAAUAAUUGGGACAAAGUCAAGCAGCCAAUCUAUUCAGACAAACUUGGCGGGAUUAAGAUAGAAUUUAAAGGUGAACCCAAGAAAAAGAAAUGCAUUCAAUCCCUUAUGUCCAAGGACGACGAAAAUUUCCACGUUAUUCAUUUAAAAAAUAAAAAUAGAGCUGAGAUAAUAAUUGGAAAAAUCAAUGAUAUAUUAGAAAAUUCAACUCAAGGAUUAUGACUAGAAAAAUAGAUUAUGCAAAAAUUUAUUUCUAUUCUAGCUUUAAAUCACAAGCUUCUUCCUUUUGUAUAAUUUGUUAUCAUUUUUUUUUAAUUUACCAAAUGAUGUUCUAUUUUUUAGCAACAUUGAUUUUGUCUAAAUUUAUGAGCUCUUAUACAAUUAAAAUAUGUUGCCAAAUAUAUCUAUUUUUAAUCAUUAAUUUUUUUUAAAAUCGCCUUAUAUCUGAUGUAAUUAUUUGAGUGCUAAAGGCCUUAGGUAAAAUAUAACGUCAAUAUGAAUAGUUUAUAUAAUAUAAAUAGAUACUAGCCAAUAAAAAAAUUAUAUAAAUAUAGAUAGAU